GUAGAUACUUUGCUGGCAAUGCCUUCCCUCCGUACCAAAGAAACCAGACAUCAAAACCAUAAACAAACAUCGCCAACCUUCACUCUUUCUUUCUUUCCUUCUUUUACUCUCUUCUUCCAUUAUAUUCAUCAGAGCUCUUCUCCUUUCAAAUCUCACACACCAACAGAGAUUGAGGAGAAGAAACAAAAGCAAAAGCUCUACAGAGAGACUUGCAGAACGAAAGGGCAUCUCUGAUAUGUAAAUGCGUCAGAAGAUAUCAGAAACGCAGAUCAGAAAAGAAACUGGAAGCAGAAGCAGGGGCAGAGGCAGAGGCAGAAGCAGAAGCAGAGGCGUUUCUUCUGGUUCCGAUACUACGAUUCCAAUCCACCAAAAGCAUCUCCAAAUCCAAAUCCCAUCCCUGCAAAUAUCACCGAACCCACCACUGCCUAUGCUGCUAGCCCAACACCAUCACCAACACCAACACCAACCUCACUUUCACUUUCACCAUGACCUACAACAACCCAUCUCCAAUCAUCCUUCGACAACACAAACAACACCCCUUCUUUCGUUGCCUCACAAAAGACCUACAAUCAUGACUCUUUCACCCUCUUCUCUUUCCCUUUCUUCUACUCGCCACCAAUCCAAUUUUAGUCCAACACCCUCUUUUGCAACUCCAUUUUCCAUCAGAACUCUAUCAUAUAAACUAUUUUUCUGUCUAACCCGUGCCCGUUUGCUUUGUGUACAUUUGCGGGUCUUAGUCCUUAUUUCUUUGCCUUCACUUUACUUCUUUUUAUCCAUACAUAAUCGCUUUUUUAUCAUAAAUUUUCUUUCAAUUCUUGCUUUCUCAAUUACCUUUUUGGUAUCUCUCACCCUCGCUUUCCCUCGCUUGCCUUCUAUUCGAUUACUUCUUGCCCGUUCAUUGCCUAGUAAGCUCAACUCAACAAAUUUACCCACAAAAGCUUCAAAACCUGUAAUAUGGUCUAUUGGUUCCAAGCCAAAAGUAGAGAAGAGGCCGAAUUCGGGGUCUUGGGUUCAAGUUUACAGCAAUGGUGAUGUUUAUGAGGGUGAAUUUCACAAGGGAAAGUGUUCAGGCAGUGGGGUUUAUUACUAUUACAUGAGCGGGAGAUAUGAGGGUGAUUGGGUUGAUGAGAAGUAUGAUGGCUAUGGAGUUGAAACCUGGGCUAAAGGGAGUCGGUACAGAGGGCAAUAUAGGAAGGGUUUAAGGCAUGGAAUUGGAGUUUAUAGGUUUUAUUCUGGUGAUGUUUACGCUGGGGAGUGGUCUAAUGGGCAAUGUCACGGGUGUGGGAUCCAUACCUGUGAGGAUGGUAGUAGAUAUGUUGGGGAGUUCAAGUGGGGCGUCAAGCAUGGCCUUGGUCGUUACUAUUUCAGAAAUGGGGACACAUAUGCUGGGGAAUAUUUUGCAGACAAAAUGCAUGGUUUUGGAGUUUAUCAGUUCGGAAAUGGACAUCAAUAUGAAGGAGCUUGGCAUGAGGGAAGGAGGCAAGGGCUUGGCAUGUACACUUUCAGAAAUGGGGAAACACAAUCUGGUCAUUGGCAAAAUGGUUUUCUUGAUUUCCCCAACUCAGAGAAUAGCCUUUAUGGAUCUCCUUAUGCGGUUACUUAUUCCAAAGUUCUUUAUGCUGUCCAGGAAGCACAGCAGGCUGCUAGGAAAGCAUAUGAUUUGGCAAGAACAGAUGAAAGGUUGAAUAGAGCUGUUGCAGCAGCAAAUAAGGCAGCCAAUGCUGCAAGAGUUGCAGCAGUAAAAGCUGUCCAAAGACAAAUGCCUCCUGACAACAGUGAUGAUGCACCAAAUCCCUGUGUUUGAUCUUACAAUCAUCCAGGCUUUUUUGGAGUCAUUUUGAAUCCCUUAGAUUAUCUAGUGUUUAGCAUUUCUAUCCUGUUAAACGAAUGACAGAAUCAUGAGGUACAUGAGGUACCUACUUGGACCCACAUUCAGCCACCAAAAGGGAUGACUGAAUGGAGGAACAAGAAGGGAUACAACCUUUUCUCUUGACCAAAUAAUAUGUGUAUGGGUUUUGUAAGAAAUUUUAAGAGUGAAGGUCGAGUAUGGAUAGGUUUAUGUAGGAUGGCAACAUUGUGCCUAAAUGCUAACUAGAGUUUGCCAAUCCCUUUAGCUGUCCGUAAAUGUAUCAGUUACUUGUGUGUCCUGCAUGAAAUGAUGCAGGCAGUAUUGCUAGUGUUCUCAGCUUAUGCAUGAAACUGCCCUUCCUAAUGA